AUGGUCCGAGCCACGUCACAUCCUUCGCAGCUCAGCGAAGAGUUCAUCAACGACUCAAGUGACGAGGCAGAUGAGGUUAUGAGUGGCGUAGACCAGCCUGCAGCAAUCAGCCGACCGACCACGAAUGGCAGCAAAGUUGUUCACGACGUAGCCUCAGAAGCCGGGAGCUCGGAAUCCGAAUCAGCUGAUAGUCAAGACGAGUCGCGUAACGACGAUAGCGCGGCAACCGACACAGAGAUUUCAAGGAACAAGAAGAGAUCAAGCGAUCAGGUAACGCUCCGCAACGCUCCGCCUGCAAAGAGAACCAAGAAAAGGUAUGCUCAAUCCCCCCGACAAGGAUCGCAUCCUGACAAGCCCAGCAACUUUCGAAUACCUGCCAAGCCCUACCGAGCACCCAAGGGCUUUGAGCCACUACAGGCGGAAGCGUCUGACCUGGACUUCGAACCGCUCGACAAUCUUGACGACAAACAAGUCUGGCAUAUUACCGCCCCAGCUUCGUUAGAUCUUACGCAGAUCAAGCAGCUCGAUGUUGCUGCUGCCUUGCGUGGUGAACCAAUCCUCGACUCAGGUGGUAUCAGCUAUAGCAUGCAGCCCUCCUCGGAGCAAGCUGAAGUGCUACUGUUACCAAGAGGCGAGUCAGUUGUCUAUCAACAGAAAACCAAAAUAUCGCGUGCCUUUCAAUUGCGGUAUGCGACUGGUAUUGACGCUGCAGAACCACCUACGUCCAAGGCCGGCCCACCUCCUCCAACCAACUAUCACUUUACAGCCCAAGAACCCGGCACCGCGAAACCUGUCCGGAAGCAGCCAGAGAAUCUCAAUUACCGGUACUUACCUUUCGGAGUUAAACAAAUCUCUAGGGAUGUGAACAACAGCGUUGAUCUGGCAGAAUCCAUCUUGAUUCGAGCAGCGUCAUCAAAGAGUGGAGGAGAUCUGGUUGGCAAUGUGGAAAAUGGUGGGGCCGAGAAGAAGAAGAAGAAGGAAAAGAGGGGAAAGUUGUCAAAGGCCACAGGUGAGCCCGCGAUAUAA